GUUUACAAAAAGAGCAAUAGAAAAUAUAGAACAAGAAAAAUUUUCUUUCAGUACGGAAGAAAAUUUUGAGUCGUGAUGAAAAAAUUAAAUAAAUGACAAUUAGCGAACAAGUAAUGAAAUAGCACAACCAUGGCUAGUUUUUAUAUGAUAUUUUCUGAUGAGGACGAUGAGGAGUUUGGUGAUAAGAAUAAUCCGAUGGCUGCAAAUGACGAUGAUGAUUUGGAUGCACAAAAGAAUAAUAAGCAUUAUGGUGAGGAUGGCGAUGAAGAAAGAAGUUCAGCUACUGACUCAGAAAAUUCUAAAGUAAGCUGGGAAGUAUUGCUUGCAAAGCUCGUAACAGCCUAUAAAGUCAUCAAUAAUCAAAAUACAGUCAUCGGUAAAUUAGGCUUUGCAAUAUUAAUAAGCGAUAAAAGCCAAUCACUCAAAAUUAUAUUAUACAAAUCAAAAAUCGAUCUUCUUUCAUCGCUCGUUCUUCGAACAACAAAUAAAAUUUAUGUGAAGGGAAAUUUCAUUCAAUAUUUAGAUUCACACAAUAAUUUCUGGUCUGUAUUGUUCGAGCACCCCAACGAUCGAGACGAGGCAAUUAGAUUAUUGGAAGAACGUUGUGAAAUCGAAAGGGAUGAGAUGGAAGUCUCAAUCAAAUCAAAUACAAAUGAUUCGACCGUAGUUGUUGGUAGUAGCAAGGACGAUGAGAGUGAAAGUCAUGAGAAUGCCAAAAAUGAUGAUGUUGUUGCCACCACAGAUGCAACAUGUGAUAAAGCAGUUGAAACAGAUCCAGAAGAUAAACAAAAUAAGCAAAUGAAAGCCAAUAUAUUGACACGUAUGGCCAAGAUGGGAAAGCGUUUAGUACCAUCAAGUAAUAAAGCAUCUGGUAGUGAUAUAAGUGAUAGUAGUGAUCCCGAAAGUAGCCCAAAGCGUCAACCACGCAAGCCAAAUGCAAAUUCAUCACCUAUUUUGCAAGUUGCCAAAUUGCAGCCCGCACCACAAGCUCAUUCAAUUGCUCAAACCGUAGAAUUUAAAACUAAUAGUCACCUUGGUAACUCAAUUAUUUCCGCCGCUUCUUCCGACACAAGCCUAAAUUUAAUGAUGAUGCAGAACACGGAAAUACGCUUUAAUCUAUCGAAGCUCGAUAGCAAAUUGGAUAAGCUAUGCGACAAGCUUGAAGUGCUUAGUACAGCGAGUAGUCUUAGUGGUGGUAGUCACAAUGAUAGAAACAAUAAUGACAGUAUUCGCGAGGAGGAUAUUGUUAGACUCGAAGAGAAACUAAUAGCAACGAAACGUGAAAAUUUGAGUCUUAAAUCGAUAAUACGCGACCUCGAAGACAAACUGAAGACUAUAGCGUCCAACAUACAUUCCGUUGAUGAAAUUAAUGAACAAAAAGUUCAAAUUAAAGCUUUACAACAGGAAAAUAAAAACAUAUCAUUAGAUUUAGCUGAUAGUAAUGAUCGUAUACAGUUAUUAGAAACGAAACUAAAGCAUUCCAUAGAAAUGUUUGAGGAGCGUGAAAUUGAAAUGAAGACGAAGGAGGCCGAUUUGGGGGAGCUUCGUUCACAGCUUAAUAUUUCUAAACGUUAUGCACAGGAUUUACAGGUCACCCUCGAUGCCAUUAAAAAGCAACGCGAUAAUGUCUCAAGUAAAGAAAUUCAGACCGAUAACUUUCCCGUCUCAAAGGCUUUAGAUCUAAAUGUCAAUGUGCCAUCAGAAGUUGUUAUAAAGGAAAUUAUGAAUUCACUAUACUUCCGGCUUUGCGAGAAAAUUUCCAACAUAAACGAGCUAAAACACAGCGAAGUUCUUAAAAUUAUCGGACAAACGAUCAAACAUGAGACGAGUGAAUGCCUGCGAAAAAAUACGUCCUAAAUAUUAUACUAAAGUCUUGAAGACAAUAUUAAUUGUUGUUGAUGAGAUUUAUUAAUUAUUUUACUAUUUCUAUUAUUCUAAAGCUUUUACCGCUUUUUCGCUUUUUGCUGAUUAAUAAAAUAAAAUAAAUUCGAG